UAUCUGGGAGGAAAGCAGAGUGGACUUUGGAUCUUUUUAAACACAUCCCCAAACCCAACCCAGUGUGUCCACUCUCUAAGGAAAAAGAAGCCACCUACAGCAAAGAACUGGGAAUAGACAGACAGAAGUGAGAGAGACUUCGCCGCUGGCAGAGCAAACAGCAUGAAUCCAACGACUUCAGCAGGUCCCACGGCCAACUCUGUGUUUGUGGUGACACCCCCAAAUGGGUAUACGGUGUUCCCUGGGGGCAUGUCUCAGGUGCCCCUAUAUCCAAACUGCCAGUCCCAAGUCCAUGUAAUUCACGGGAACCCAGCUGGUCUGUGGCCAUCUGUGAGUCAGCAACCCACGGAGAGAACCCUAAAAGAAGGCAAAACCUUAGGGGCCAUCCAGAUCCUGAUUGGCCUGGUUCACCUUGGCCUCGGUUCCGUCAUGGCGACUGUCCUCAUAGGGAGCUACACUGCUGUCUCGUUCUACGGAGGCUUUCCCUUCUGGGGAGGCAUCUGGUUUAUCAUUUCAGGAUCCCUCUCGGUGUUGGCAGAAAAGCAGUCACGAUCUUCUUGUCUGCUGAAUAGCAGCGUGGGCUUCAACAUCGUCAGUGCAAUCUUCUCCAUGGUUGGACUCACACUCUUCAUCGUAGAUUUAAUUAUCAUGGCUCCCUACGCCUACCCUGACUAUAAUCCUCACUAUUCCACCUGGGGCCGGGUCCCUGGAACAGCCAUUUCUGGUUUGCUGCUCAUCUUCUGCCUCCUGGAGGUGUGCAUUGCAAGUGCAUCUGCCCACUUUGGCUGCCAGCUGACCUGCUACCAAACCAACACCGUGAGCAUGGUGAUCCCAAAUGUCUACGUGACAAACCCAGCGGUCAUCCCAGAACCAGAGAACUCGCCACCAAAUUAUUCUGAGGUCCAGGGUGACAAAUAAGCAAAGCCAAAUGUUCUAGAAGCAUUUUUCACUGGAACCCAAAAGAAUACCUCCUCUGUCUGGGCUCCUGAAACCAGAUUCUUCCUUCCCUGACAAUCUAAAGGAAACAUCUCUCCAGUGGCACGAGUUCCUGGACUUCAUUCCAUUCAGCCUGGUAGAUUGUGCUGUUCUUCUUUCAAAGAGUAGACAGAAAUUUAAAAUGGAUUUUAAUAAGAAGAGUUCCUCCCUAGGGCAUCCAUGCAUGGGUGCCUUUGUGCCACACAUGUCUAGAUAACCUAACCUUCAUUCUUUCCAUUAUUGAUUCAUUUAAUAAAAAUGCACUGAGGCUUUGA